GUUUUACAGCUGGAGUAACUAAAGAUUAGGUGGGUAAGUAGCCUACGGGAUGGUCGGUUUAUGAGCUCAUUUCCAAAUUACUCUGCCUGCCAUAUCGAGAAAUCUACCCCCUGUGUCGUGUCUGAUUCUAUAUACCUUUCGCGCCUGGCAUUAAUUCGCGUUGGACUCAUUCCCGUGACAUUCAAAUCCAUGCUUCAGGGUAUACAGGGCCCCCGAGCCCCUUUUAGAUGCCACAUUUCUAGUACCGAUAGACAGACAGCCAGCCCCAUGGCCUGCUGAGUCCAAAAGCAAAUCCGAUUUGCUCUCUCAUCCCCCACAGAGAUCGACAGCUCGAGUAGCCGAUUCGACCGGAAUUGGUUGUAGAUUAGGUUGCGUUCAAGCGAAUUGACGCAUACUUAGACGAAGGGCAAAGGAAAAGCCCAAGAGAAGCGAACAAAUCAACAACGGCAGCCAUUAUGACGUCGACCGGAAUUACCUCGACGACCGACCUGCCAACGGGCGACCCCGUCCCGUCGUCCACGGCCCCCGUGCCCGCCCCGAAACCAAAGCCCUUGCCCCUCCGCGAGCUCCUCGCCGCAGCGCCCUCCAACAUAGAUGCAUUCCUAGCACACCUGCAGCGGUGCUUGUCCACGCCGUCCGGCAUCGACACCGUCCUCCAGAUCGUGUGCUACUCGUCACGCCUCACCGCAGCAAUCCUCUCGACCCUCGUCCAGCCUGCCCUGCAGCGCAGCGCCUCGCGGCUGAUCGCGCUCGCGAGCGCCCUCCCGCCCUCGGCAACCCUCAUCUUCGAUGCCAAGACUCUGCCCUCGUCGAGCGCGGCGCUAGCCCUCAGCCUCGCGCGACGGCUGAAGGCUCUCAGCGUGCUCACGAGCGAGGCCCGCACCAUCAUGCGCUUGUGGGGCUUGCUGAGCAUGUACUUCUGGGGCCGCUCGCUCGUCCUCAGUCUCCGCCGGAAGAAGCAGGCCGAGGGCGAGAAGACCAGUCCUGCCGAGAGCAAAUUCAAGACGAGUCUCGCCUGGUCCCAACUCGCCGCUUGCAUCGGCUACCAGUCCAUGGAGAACGUUUUGUUCUUGGCGACAAAGGGCGUGUUGGACGUAGCACCGAAGACGCAGGGCAAGUUGGGCCUGUGGUGCGCGCGGUGCUGGGGCGCGUUCGUCGGACUGGAGCUCAUGCGGCUCUUCCACGAGUCGUCGAACCGGGCACGGCGCACGCGCGCCGAGAAGUUCGCGGGCGGCAAGACGGUGGCCCUCGUCGAGCAAGAAGAGCGCGAGUGGACCUCUAACUGGCGCAAGACAUUAGCACGCAACCUCGCCUGGGCCCCGCUUACCGUGCACUUGAGCAUCGAGCGGGACAUCGUGUCCGAGCUGGGAUUCGGCGCGCUCGGCUUCAUACCCAGUGUUAUUCAGAUGUACGAUUUGUGGCGCAGUACAACGGAGUAAAGCAGGGGAAGGCGAAAGGGACAAGAUAGACGGGCGAUUUACGAUACAGGGCCUAUCGUAUAUAUUUACAUCACAUAAAGUCAAGCGAGUGAGCAUUAGAAUCAAUUAUAACGCGGGGAAAGACGCAGGAGCGAAAGGCUACCCUCAAUAGUAUAUGUGGAAUUAGGAGAGCAACUCUCGUGCAACUAGUGUAUAUAAGAGCGAGAUAAGAGCCUACCGGGUAACUUCCACGAGAUGAAUUAUAGGGCUUCGAUGGAUACGAAAGACAAGGUGAAAGGAUGUAGAAUUCUUGGACGUAAAAUUUUUACAAUAUACCAGUUUAUGAAGUUCAUAUUAUGA